AUGUUCCCUGCUGAGAAACCAGCCGCCUCCGACGUGUUAGCGGAUGACUCUGCCCAUGAGCACAAAGAGCCUCCAGCAUCCAUAGAUGCCGCGAGCGACGUCACCUAUCACCAUCUGCUAACAGCAACGGUAGACGGCAUUCCCAUGAGGCAAAUAUCCGCAAACCAUUCGGAGAUGAUUCAUUCACAAGCCCUCACCGACAUCGCCGUGGCCAUGACAGCCACUCAUCAGCCCCGAGCAAAAUCCACCAAACAGUGCAGCAGGCCCCUCAAACACGGUGGGCGCUCUCCUUCCCUUGGAGGCGGAGAGGAAACACAUGGUAUGAAAAGCCCGGUCGAGUCCGUCCCUGGGAAUGCAGGGUUUUCACCUCGGAGCUGUCUUUUCGAGAUCAAAUUGCGUGAAGGGGAUUUGAAGCUAUUGCAUUAG